GAGCUCUCCCUGGGCUUCCUGGAGCCAGAUCUUGUGGCCUACAACUCGGCCGUGUCCUCCUGCGAGAGAGGCUCUGUAUGGCGACAGUCGGUGAGUUUGCAAGAGUCCAUGCUCAGGCAGGAUGGACUUGCUGACGUCAUCACCAACAACGCCAUCAUCAGCGCUUUUGAGAAAGCCAGUGAGUGGCAGAAAGCCCUGGAAAUACCGUGCCAGUUGAGCCAACACCGACUGGCCCCUGACACCAUUACCUAUGGCAGCAGCAUCAGUGCCUGUGCGAAGGCAUCGGCCUGGCAGCAGGCACAACAGCUGGCACAAGACAUGUCCGACAGGGACCUUGCUGGUCUGAUUGCCUACAACGCCUCCGUCAGUGCCUGUGAAAAGGCCGGUGAGUGGAAGCAGGCUUUCGGCCUCGUCACCCAGCUGGAAGUCGGAGGCCUUCGGCCGGACGCGAUCACCUCGAAUGCCGCCUUGAGCAGCUGUGAGAAAGCCAAAAACUGGAUCUGGGCCCUGCAGCUGAUGCAAGGUCUCCGGGAGAGCAAGUGGGCGAAUGUCGUGAGUUAUGGGGCGGUCAUCAGCGCUUGCGCAGGUUCUGCAAAGUGGGAAGUAGCACUGCAUUUGCUUGAGCUGCUUGGGGAACAGCAUUUGCAGCCCACGAUUACCACCUGCAAUGCUGCCAUGACUGCCUGCGAGAAGGCAGGACAGUGGUGUCGCGCUCUCCAGUUCCUCGAAGACCUGCAGAGAUGGCGGUUGAGGGAGGAUGACGUUAGCUACGGGGCGGUGAUCAGUGCCUGUGCUGCAGGAUCGGAGUGGGAGGUUGCCCAAGCUCUUCUGAACUCCAUGCAGUCGAGACGGAUUAGAGCAAGCAUCAUCACGAGGAAUGCUGCAAUCAGUGCUUGUGAGAAGGCAGGGGCUUGGCAACAGGCCUUUCGGCUUCUACAAAGCACCGAGGAAUCGCUCCUGGAGGUGACAGUGAUCACCUACAGCGCGGUGAUGAGUGCCUGCGAGAAGGCUGGCGAAUGGCAGCAUGCCCUUGCAUUGCUCCAGGGGCUACAACGAAGUCAGGUGGAGGCAGCAGUGAUAACAUACAACGCCGCCAUCAGCGCCUGCGAAAAGGGCCGAGUCUGGCCCGUCGCAGGCCUCCUCCUGAUGGAGCUUCAACGGACAAGCCUCCGGGCAACCACUAUCAGCUACAAUGCUGCACUGAGUAGCUGCGGCAAGGGAACUGCCUGGAGCGGGGCCUUGCAG